AUGGCUGCUCCUACGCUCAAGCUCGACCCGCAGGCAAAGGUCGCCCCUCUGGCUCCCAUCGCCCUCGCCAAGCUCGUCACUGCUGCCGACCCAGCCCAGUCGCUCACCCUCACCUUUGAGGACGGUAUCGCACCCACCCUCAUCCUCCCCAACGCCGCUCCCGUCGAAGGAUACUUGCACAUCAUCCGAGAGCUCGCAUCUCACUACGCACAUCUCGGCCUUUCUGGAACCGACAAGGACCAGAGCGCACAGGUGAACCUCUACGUCAGUCAGGGCGACAACCUCGCUCUCGCCGAUUUCCAGACUGCCUCCGCCAUCGCAGACAGCCUCGACCAGCACCUUGCUCUUCGCACCUUCCUCGUCGGUCACGCUGUCACCGCUGCCGACGUAUCAAUUUGGGCUGCUGUGCGUGCCAGCUCCCCCGUCAUCGGUCUCGUCCGCAAGGGUCUUCACAAGCACCUCCAGCGAUGGUUCAACCACAUCGAUUCGCUUGCUCCCGUCUCGGACGCUCUCGUCGCGCUCGCAGAUGCCAAGGCUGAAAAGUUCAAGAACAAGAAGACCGCUGCAGGCUUUGACCUCUUCCUCAAGGACGCUCAGCAGGGUCAGGUCGUCACUCGUUUCCCGCCUGAGCCUUCUGGAUACCUCCACGUUGGUCACGCAAAGGCCGCUAUUCUGAACCAGUACUUCGCCCGUCAGUACAAUGGCAAGCUCAUCAUUCGUUUCGAUGACACCAACCCCAGCAAGGAGAAGGAGGAGUUUGAGCAGUCUAUCAUCGAGGAUCUCGCCCUUCUCGGUAUCAAGGGUGAUACAACCAGUCACACCUCGGACUACUUUGACAAGCUCUACCAGCUUGCUAUUCAGAUGAUCCAAUCGGGCAAAGCGUAUGCUGACGACACUGUUCAGGAGCAGAUGCGUGCCGAGCGUAUGGACGGCAUCGCUUCCAAGCGACGCGAGUCCUCGAUCGAGGAAAGCAUGACCCGCUUUGCCGAGAUGUCCACCGGCUCAGCCGAAGGUCGCAAGUGGUGUCUGCGUGCAAAGAUCUCGUACGAGGAUCCCAACAAAGCCAUGCGUGACCCCGUCAUCUACCGCUGCAACCCAGACGUCUCUCACCACCGCACAGGUACGACCUGGAAGGUCUACCCGACCUACGACUUUGCCUGUCCCAUCGUCGACUCGAUCGAAGGCGUAACCCACGCUCUGCGUACCAACGAGUACCGCGACCGCAACCCUCAGUACUACUGGAUGCUCGACGCGCUCAACCUGCGCAAGGUCGACAUUUGGGACUUUGGUCGCCUCAACUUUGUCUACACCCUUUUGAGCAAGCGCAAGCUGCAGUGGUUCGUCGACAACGGCGUCGUUUCGGGUUGGGACGAUCCUCGAUUCCCCACGGUGCGAGGUAUCCGCAGGAGGGGUAUGACCAUCGAGACCAUUCAGGAGUUCAUCUUGGCGCAGGGACCGUCGCAGCAGAUCAUCAACAUGGAGUGGGACAACAUCUGGACGAUCAACAAACGCAUCAUCGAUCCCGUCGUGCCGCGAUACGUUGCGCUCGACAAGGAGGUGCUCGUCAAGGUGACCGUCAAAGGCGCACCGAAGCGUCAUACCAAGGAGUUGCCGAGACACAAGAAGAACCCUGAUCUGGGCAACAAGGUUACCGUGUUCGACGAGGUGGUGUACGUCGAGCAAGUCGAUGCACGAUCCUUCGACCAAGGCGAAGAGGUCACCUUCAUGGACUGGGGCAACGUCAUCAUCGAUUCCAAGGAGACCGAUGCCGCAGGCAACGUGCUUUCCAUCUCUGCGACCGCACACCUCGACGGAGACUUCAAGAAGACCAAGAAGAAGGUCACCUGGCUAGCUGCCACCCCCUCCACCACCGAAGCCCUGAUCGAGGUCGAUCUGCUCGACUUCGACUACCUCAUCAGCAAGAAGAAGCUCGAGGAGGAAGACAACUUUGCCGACUUUGUCACGCCCAACUCCGAGUUCCGCAGCGUCGCCCUCGCCGAUCACAACGUCAACGCUCUCAAGCAAGGCGAUGCUAUCCAGUUCGAACGUAAAGGGUACUACAUUCUGGAUCGUACGCAGGGUAAGGACGGUAGGAUGGAGUUCAUCAAGAUUCCGGAUGGAAAGCAGGCGAGUAGCUCGUCCAAGGUUGCACCGGAUGCGGAUGUCGAGGCCAAGAAGCAAGCUGCUCAAAAGGCGAGGGCUGAGAAAGCAGCUGCUAAGGCGAAGAAGGAGCAAGAGAAAGCAGCGAAGAAGCAAAAGAAGGCACUCGAGCAUGGCGAUGGUGUUCAGUACGUUGCUGGUGCUGUGAGCGCGGGCGUCGCUGCUGCUACGGCGGGAUUGGCAACCGCGAUCGCGGGGAGGAAGGAGGCAAAGGUGGAAGGGUCUGAGGUGGCAAGCUCUCACUUCCCUGAGAUCGUAGACACUGGAAAGGGAAAGAUCAACAUGUACGAUGCACCGGUCAUCACAACCAACAUCCCCACCCCUGUCGAGACAAAGAUGUACUCGAUGAACAAGAUCCUCUAA